AUGCAGCUUUUAUGCAGUGUUCUGAAAUUUAGUGGAACAUUUUGAUUUAUUGCAAGCAUAGUUGCAUAUUUAUGAAACAUUGUUUACAAACACAGUUUAUUGUUAGAAUGUUUCUCUUGAACACUCGCAGUUUCUUGGAUUUUUGCAAAGCGAUUCAUAUCAAUAAUUCGAUCGAUCGAUUCAUAGAUAUUUGGCAAUAUAGGAAGUGUUAGGAAGUGUUUUAUGAUUUGUAAACAAUAUUUUAUGUAUGUGUAUUUCUUAUUGAGGAGCAAAUAACAAUUAAUAGGCAGAUUUAGUAGUAUUUUCUUAAAUAAACACUUUAGAAGAAGAAAAAGUAAAAUAUGAAAAUAAAACAUUUUGUUUUCCUUUGUGUUCCCCCUCUUUACUAAUACAUCUUUAUUUUCCGAGAAUGUUUAUGAUCGCGCGCAAUGCGGUCAGUAGAGUCAAUGUUUGUUGCGCAGUGUUAUUUCCAAUAUUUUUUAGAGCACAAUAGCUCUUAAUAAUUGAAAAUUCAGUUAGAAUUCACGCACGAAAUUUGAGUCAGUGUUUGUUCGUAGUGUCUUUUAUUUUUCUUUUCUCAUAUUUUUUUUUAAAUUCAAUAUCAGCUUUCGGUAUUAGAAUCAGUGCUUCUCUUCAAAGAAUCUAACCUCUUCAAGAGUUAAAAAUAUGUAAUUUUUCACAAUCUCCAGUUGCAUCACGGGAUCCUAUUCCUUCGUGAUGGCAUUUUCUGAAUUGCAGUAACAUUGAUGGCACUAUUCUUCGUAUGCAAUGAUACCCUAAUCGUAAUCUAAUCAAUCGUGCCUUGGCAUUAUGUGCCACCUGAGAAUACAGUUUUAUAGCAAAAAUCCGAGAUAAGAAUAUGAAUUGAUUCGUGAUUUUAAAUUAAUGGAAAGGUGGAUGUCAAACACGUUUUUUAUCUACCGAGAUACACAAGUUAUUUGAUUCGUGACAAUGAGGAAAGUUAAUAUAGUUAUAUUAUUAAAUAGUCGGGAAGCGAGCCUAGCCGGGGCAGCAGUGCGGCAGAGAUGAAACAUUGUCGGGAAACGCGUUUACCAGCCCAGCCUCAUACGAGACACGAAUGUCUCGUCUGGGCUAGGAGAUUAAAUAGAAAUUUUCAAAGUAAAAACGUUAAUGAAAAGAGACAUGGAGCACAAGCAAACGAUCUUGCUCGCACCUGCGUUGAGCAACAGCAGCUGUUGGCGGAGGGACACAUCCGAAGGCACUUGGACUGGACCAGGCCCAGGGGAAUUGUUACGCGCCGCUUUAAUUCUUGUACUCAGUCUCGGUAUUCUUUGUGCCAAUCUGCUAGUAAUAUGCGUCAUAAACAGCAGACGAUACAGCAAAUACAUUCACGCACAGCCAAAGUACUUACUUACAAGUUUGGCGAGCAACGACCUAGCUAUUGGUCUUCUGGUUACACCAUUCGGCUUCUUACCAGCCGUCUACGGAUGUUGGCCAUAUGGUGAAGUCGUCUGUCAAAUACAGGCACUUCUUAGAGGAGCUUUAACUCAGCAGAGCGCUGUUAUCCUCGUCUGUAUGGCAAUUGAUCGUUACGUUUGUAUGCUACACCCGCAUCAUUAUCAUAAGCACACAUCUAAAAAGUAUUACAUGCGGCAGGGUUGCGUGGCAGUGAUGUCAACUACUUGGAUAGCAAGCGUGGCGAUUUUUGGUGCUCUCGUACUACCAAGAGGUGGUUAUUACUUUAACGGCUCUGGUCUUCUUGCCUGCGACCCUUUCUUCGCCAGGGCUUCCCUUCGGAUUCUCGCGUGCUGUUGUUUUUAUUUCCCUACAACGAUGGUGCUGAUGUACUGCUACGGUUCAGCCUUCCACGUUAACAAACUGCGCCUGAAAAGGGUGGUUUGCGUUAACACGCCGGAGGUCGUUAGUGGAGGCCAUAUGGAGAGGCUUGUAGCUCACGAGAGACGACUGUCAACUUCUGCCUCGCGAACAAUGGCUGCAAUGAGUUUAGGAUUCAUUGUUAUGGUCACACCAUGGACAAUUCAGGAAGUCGUUGCAGCUUGUACCGGAAGCAAACCACCACCAUUCCUCGACUUCCUUGCCACGUGGCUUGCGCUCUCCAACAGCUUCUGGAAUCCGUUCCUCUAUUGGCUGCUCAACAAUCACUUUCGCCGUAUUUCAAGGGAGCUACUCUACACUAAGGUACUUUGUAGGCCAAAACCGUUGGGACCGAAACAGCAUUGUUGCGCUACUAGCACAGGUGGUCUUGAUGUUUGCAGUAUGGGAGGAGUUGACUUAUCAGGUUUAGAGCGUUGCUCAAUAGACCGAUUUUCGAUGGCUCGGUGUUCCUCUUCGUCAUUAGCCAAUACACCGCCACCACUUCCUUGGGAGACCGGACAUGUCCUACAUAAUGAUGCUACGCCUACGUGAGUUAGGGAUGCCGCCACGCAGACGGAGGACAUAGGAUCUCCAACGCAUGCUAGUUAGUAUAGCGUGGCGGCAGAAUGGCACCCCGUGAUUCACUACGCUGGAAUUGAACAGUCAUCCCAUCGCCAAUAUUUCCGAAAUAACUCGUCUUCGUCGAUAAUGGAAUAUUCGUUGCAGGAAGAAAGGUUGCGGCACGAACACACUGCGCAAAUCCGACGUAAUCGCCGAUAUUAUUUGGAAAAUACGCGCUUCAAAAGCGUGCCGGAUUUGAUUCGAGACCUCGAAUCCAGUUGACGCAUUUAUCUGAAAUACUAAACACGUUAUCGAAGAUAGGCAUAACGUGCGAUAAAUAACGAUACAGAAUUGAUGUUCGUCGACGAACACAGUACGAUUUCCUACUAAUCAAAGAUUUAAGACUUUUUAUUAUAGAUUAACGAUAUUUAACCGAAAGAUGCAAGGCGUACUGUCUUGGAAGUUAAGAAUACGAUUUUUCAUAAUUUGAAUUAAAAUGUAAGUACAUGUCUGUAGUAUUAAAAUAUAAAAUAUAAUAAUAAACUUAAGUGAAUUAUAUAAAAUUAUUAUAUACUUUCAAUGCUUCUCUAUGAUUUCAGAGUAAAAGCAAAAGAUUCCUUGGUAUCACUAACAAUUAGUGUUCAUUAAUAAUUAGUGCAUCAUUAACGAUUGUCUGUUAUACGGUAUCGUUUCAAUUUAAAGGCAUUUCGCUGAAAUAUAUGCCUGUAAUUUUUUGGCCGAAAUACCAUAUAUUUAUAAUAACCGCACAAAUUAUAGGUAUAAAAUAGUAUUUAAGAAGUUGCAAUAAUUACUAUGUUUAAUUUACCUGUUAUAAUGUUUCUUUUCUUUUUUAAACUAUACUGUUAUGAUAAUUGAAUGAAGCAAUUGUUUCAGAAAAGUUUAUCAAAUAUGGAGUAACUUAAAUGGGAUAUUUAUGUAGAUAGCUAUGUAUAGCCUUACACUAAUUUGAUUGAUAUUUACCAUAUUUGUUAAGUUUGUUUAUUGUUAUAUAGGUCUUAAUAUUGGAUCACGUGUAACAUUUCUUUAGAGAUAUUAAAAUUUAACUUUUCCUGGAGUACUAACAGUAUUCUAUUGUACUACACAUUAUAUUAUAUAUUUUAAAUCUGGUACAAUAAUACAGAUAUAUUUUCUCCACAUAUUGUCGUGGUUAUUAAAAUCAUUAUAGUUAUUGUUGUCGUUACUGUUGUUACUAUUACUAUGCAUCGUGCGGCAAUAAAUUGUAAUCUUCUGACCAUUUGUGAAUAGAGUGUGUUUUCAACGAAUAGAAGUAGCCAUUCGUGUGAACAAAAUUUGACUACAUAAAAGACAAAAAAGUGAUAAGAAUUAAAUAAAGAAAAUGGCAGAUAUGAAUACUUUACAAUUGUUAUAUCAUUUACAAAAUAGACGAUUCAGGGACUGUAAUAUAAGCUUGAGAAAUUGUUAUUAAUAAACGUCUCUUCACAAAACAAAAUUCCUAGAUCAUAAACAUAACCGUAUGAUGUUGGAUAGAAACAUAAUAGUAUCUCUGUGUACGUCAAUAUUAUAUCCAGCAACGCAACGCUGUAUACUGUAUAAUAUAAGUAUUUUAUAAGCAAAUGAAGAGUGAUGAGAAGAAACUAUCAUAAAAUUGCAAAAUUGCACAUAGACACAGUUUAGUGUUUGGUUGACAGAUACGCUAUAACUAAAUAAAGAAGAUCGAUGUAAUGUAGUUUUGUUUUUAGUUUUAAUUAUCAUAUAAAUUUAUAUGAAACAAAUGGGGAAAUCUUAUUGACCGGACAUCUUGUACAUUUUGCAUUAUUUUUAAUUUCUAGUACAAGAGUUUAUUUUUAUCUGAAUAUUAUAUUGAACAAUUAAUAGGUAAACUUACUGAAGAUAUUCACUUGGACUCCAGAUUAACUUGGAAAUUUACUAUAAUAUUUCCUGUAGGCAUUUAUAAAAGUAACUAUAAAUACUUGUUGUUGUAACACAAGUUGUACACGUAGUAAAGUAGAAAUCGUACCAUGUUGUACAAUAUUACACUAAUUAUAUACAUUUUUAACAACCUUUUUUCAAAUUUAAAUUCAUUUGCAACAUAAUAUUUAUAGAUUAUAUAUACAUAAAUGUCAAUAUAUGUACAUGUAUACAUGUACGCUAUUUAUGCAAUGUAUUCCGAAUGCGUUAUGAUAAUGCAAAACUUAAUACAUCGUACGAUGGUCAACUUUUUCGUUAAGUUUCUAAGCUGUUUGUGAGUGUUAGUAUUUUUAUACUAAACGUAACACUUUUAUAUAAGUUUCGUUCACACAAAUCAGAUUGAUCCAGUUAUUUGAGUUUAUGUUUGAAUUUAUGAAAGUCGAGUUAUAAUUUGAAGUUACUUUGUUUCCGUUGUUUGCUCAAAUUACUGAAAUUGCAAUUGGUACUUCUUUCAAAGAGAGCAAUUUGCAACUUAAAGUACUCAAGGAACUUGUUCGCAAAACUUGAAGGGAUGUUUUAAAUCACAUUGAUAAAAUAACAAAUUUGUAGUAAUGUGUCUAAAAUUACUAAGUUAUAAAUAAAUUGAAUUCGAGUAACUGGGCUAGUCUACACGAGAGGCUUUAGAUCAAUAUUAUAUCUCAUUAUUUAUUUCUUCAUUUCAGUAUGUACCAUACAACGCAUUUGUUCAUAAAUUUUAUUAUGUACCGCGUGGAUGCAACAUUACUCUCUUUUUAUUCGUUAAACAAUUACCGAUAACUGCUUGCUUUUACGUACAAUACAAAUGGAGAACGUAACAGCUACCGCAUUUAAUUGGGAAUAUUUUACUGAACAAAAUAUUGCAAGAAAAAUAACCGUACGAUGUACAUUAAUCUUCCAAUAUGCUACGAUACAUCAACGUAUGUAAGGUUGAAUUGGUGUUGUUAAUGUUGAGAGAUGAUAAGAGCGAAACACUGCCUGUUGGCUUGCCAACAACGUGAAAGCUCCUGUAUACCGAUGAAAUGAAACAUUUGACGUUGCCUCGAGCACAAAUAGCUCCUUAUCAAAUAGGGCACAAAUCAUUUUUGUAUCGAAUAAGCGAACGCGUAUCAAUUUUAAGUACUCAGAACUUAGUGUAGGAACGACUAGAGAAACGCUAAAAUGCCAGUUAGAUAAAACAUUUCUAAUAGCGGGAAUAAUGAUUUUUUAGUCAUCAAUUUACUAAAAUGAUUGCCUUAACCGAAAAAAUUUUUUGUGUAUUGGUAACAGACAUAUUACAUUGUAACCGAUCUAUACCGAGGAAGAAAUUUAAUUACAUUUCUUAGAUCUUUUAUUUUGGUUUUAGAACUUUUUAAAUUCGACGAAAACAUAAUUUGUGAUACUCUUAAUUUAUUUUAAUAAAACAUAUUGUAGUAUUUUCAAUUUAAAAGCAGAUUUAUUAUUUUAGCUUUCAUUAAAUUAUUGCAUUUUGUACUCUCUUAUUUUAUUUAUUAUAGUACUAUUUAUUAUCAUCUAAAUAUUAAUUAUUUAUUCAUUCAUAUACAUAUUUAUAAUAACAUAUUAUUAUUAUUAUUAUUAU